CCGCGCGCUCCUUUCCGGCCGGUUCCCGGGCAGGCGUCGCUGAGAUGGCUCCCGCAAAGAAAGGCGGUGAGAAGAAGAAGGGGCGCUCUGCCAUCAACGAAGUAGUAACUCGGGAAUACACCAUCAACAUUCACAAGCGGAUCCAUGGCGUGGGCUUCAAGAAGCGAGCACCACGCGCUCUGAAGGAAAUCCGUAAAUUUGCGAUGAAGGAGAUGGGUACUCCUGACGUUCGCAUUGAUACCAGAUUGAACAAAGCAGUCUGGGCUAAAGGAAUAAGGAAUGUUCCUUACCGUAUCCGUGUGCGUUUGUCCAGAAAGCGCAAUGAGGAUGAGGAUUCACCCAACAAGCUGUACACUCUGGUUACCUACGUACCAGUCACAACAUUCAAAGGUCUACAGACAGUCAAUGUGGAUGAAAAUUAAAACGGAUUUUCAUUACAAUAAAAAGAUAAAAUACAUUCUUAA